AUGUAUAUGGAUAUCACUGUUGAAAAGAAUUAUUUUUUUGAAGCGUUACGCUUCUUUUACGAGACGCAAUGGCUUCAUAAUACACCAGUAACCGAAAUAUUAACUAAAGCGUCUUUAGAUGCAAUCCCUGAAGAAUGGAUGGAACAGUUACAAAAUUUAGAAAAUGAAGAACUUAAUAAUUUUGUUGUAGAAAAGGCAAUAAAGUCUAACUGGCCUGAUUCCUUAAAAACGUAUGUUGCAAAAUGUAAGAAAAUAAAUAGACUGCCACCCAUACUCGCCUUGUCUUCCGUAGAGCUGCCGCAAAUUUUUAAAAGAGGUCUGAGUCCAAAGAAACAACAUGAGAUAAUGUACUUGACUCAUUUAGUGGAUGAACAAUGCAAGCGACGUAAUAUACGAACGAUUAUUGAUUUAGGCGCAGGCUUGGGUUACGUAUGUCAAAUGUUGCAUUACUUGCACGAAUAUCGAGUUUUGGGAUUGGAAAGAGACAAAGAAAAUAUUAACAGAGCUCUCAUUAGGCAGAAAAAAUUGUACCCCGAUUCUUUGACAAAAGUUAAAUACGCCUAUUGCGAAAUAACGUGCGAUUCGGCCGAUGCGAUAGAAAUUAUUCUGCGGCGGGAGUUUUCCGACGUUACAGACGUAUGCUUAAUUGGCCUGCAUGCCUGCGGAGAUCUUAGUACAAGCGCGUCGAGAAUCUUCCGCAAAAUGAAUUCUGCCAAGCUCUUCAUUUUGAUUUCCUGUUGUUACCAUAAACUUUCAAUAUCUAAAAGUAUGCAGACAUCAUUGCAAGAAAAACAGUAUUUUCACAAUUUUCCCACAUCCAACUGUCUGCGAGAAACAGUCGCGGAGUAUAAUUUUGACGUAGGAGAGUUCUUAAGAAUACCCUUUUUGCGAUUAGCGUGUCAAGAAUCGGCGGAUAAGUGGUACGGAAUGCACAAAGAGAAGCACAACGAACAUUCUUUUCACGUUCUCGCUAGAGCUGUUCUCGAAUUGUAUUCACGACAAAAAAAUUACGUUCUUAAUAAGAAAGUUCGGAAAGGUACAAGAAAAUCGCAAUGUUCGAAUUUUCAAACUUACGUCAAAGAGUCAUUACGGAGAUACGAUUUAGUACCAGAUACGGACAAAACAGACAGUGUAAUCACACGCGACGAAAUGGAAAAGGAUAUGACGCGAAUAUGGGAAAAACAAAGUGUAAGAUUAAAAGCUGUAGAAAUUUAUACUGGAUUGCAAAUGAUAUUACAAUUGCCAGCAGAAUCACUGAUUCUACAGGAUAGAUUAUGCUGGUUACACGAACAAGAUUUAAAGGCUAUCAUUGUACCUGUAAUGAAUAAGUGUGUUUCUCCUCGUUCAUACGCAAUCGUGUCUUAUAAAUGCUGA